CAAGGUCGGGAGCCGGACCCGCGCUACGUGGGUCGAUCUGCGCUCGAUUAGGACUCCCUGCGCGCGCACUGAGGAGCGCAACGCGCAGCCGCCCGUACGGCUCGUUAAAGCAGUGCUCGCGGCGCCUCGAGCCCUAAACCCAGUUUGCUCAGCGGAUCGAGUGGAGAGGUUUCGAGAAGUAGGGGUGCCGACCGUGAGAGACCCGAGCCGAGACGGGGCGAGGGAGCGGCCGGCGACGGCGAAAGACUGAGCUCGACCCCAGCGACCGAAGGCUUGGGGCAGAAGAGGAAGGAAAGAGCGGAGCGAGAAGCUAGUCGCGACUGCAAACGGAAAAAGUGCCUUCCCAGUAGCGGACCGGCUCGCUGGCUGGCUGGCUGGCUAACCGAGCGACGUCCAGGCAGCAUGGCCGCCGAGGGUCUCUACGAGGUGGAGAGGAUCAUUGGGAAGAGGAGGAACAAGAAGGGCAAGACGGAGUACCUGGUGCGUUGGAGGGGUUAUGACUUCGAGGAUGACACCUGGGAGCCGGAGACGCACCUGGCCAACUGUGUAGAGUUCAUCCACGAGUUCAACGGGCGGAGGGGCGAGUGCCAGCGUGAGGGGGGUCCCCCCCGGUCCACCCGCAGCACCACCAGCCCGGUGCAUGACCCCGGCAGCAGCGCCCGCAAGCAGAUCCACAGGCCACCGAGUCACACCGGGGGCCCAGCCACAGAGAAGCCUGUUGACCCUGCCUCUGCCAGCGCUGAGGGCGUGGACUCUGAAACGAACGGCCAACCUUUACCCACUGGCCAGAAGUAUAAACGCUCUAGUCCCCCAACAGGUGGUGCUGCUGGGCCAGCUGCUGCUCACACCCUAGGCCCAGCCCGCAGGAGCGUGGACCUGACCAAGUCUGGUAUCAAGAUACUGGUGCCAAAGAGCCCCAUGGAGAGCCGAGUUGAGCUGGAAGAGUCUCCCAGUGAGGCAGCCCACAGCCUGGGGCAAGCAGGCCAGGAGCCUGGCUUCGUUCCCCAGGAGGUGACCAUCCUGGAGAAACCCUUGGGGGCCCCGCUAGCACCGGGCGAGGAGAGGGCACGGAUGGGCACACGCACGCGGACACAUGCCAUCCUGCCCCUCCCGCAGGUCCCCAUCACGCCCGCUGCCGUCCUGGCGCUCAGUGGAAAAGGUACGUCCCCCGUCAUGGAAGCGGUGGUCGCCAAUGGGACGUCGAGUCCACAGAGUCCUGCUGCCAGUGCCUCGGGCCCGCCAGUGGCGAAGCGACGCUUUGAGGAAUGCGCUGCAUUCGACAAGCGGCUGCGCAUCAGCGUGCGGCAGACCAAGAGUGCCUAUCGGUACCGCGACAUUGUGGUGCGCAAGCAAGACGGCUUCACACACAUCCUGCUCUCUACCAAGUCUUCGGAAAACAACUCGCUCAACCCCGAUGUGAUGAAGGAAGUGCAGAAUGCCAUGACGACGGCGGCAGCGGACGACAGCAAGUUGGUCCUGCUGGGCGCUGUGGGUAGUGUCUUCUGCUGUGGUCUGGACUUCAUCUCCUUCAUCCGCCGGCUGACAGAUGACAGGAAGAAGGAGAGCGUCAAAAUGGCUGACUCCAUCAGGACCUUCGUGAACACCUUCAUCCAGUUCAAGAAGCCCAUUGUGGUGGCGGUGAACGGCCCUGCCGUGGGCCUGGGCGCCGCCAUUCUGCCACUGUGCGACGUCAUCUGGGCCAACGAGAAGGCCUGGUUCCAGACACCAUACGCAGCCUUCGGCCAGACGCCUGAUGCCUGUUCCUCCUUCACCUUCCCCCGCGUCAUGGGGGUGGCAUCUGCAAACGAGAUGCUGCUGAGUGGCCGCAAGCUGACAGCCCAGGAGGCCUGCGCCAAGGGCCUGGUCUCCCAGGUCUUCUGGCCUGGUACCUUCGCUCAGGAGGUGAUGGUGCGCGUUAGGGAGCUAGUCUCUUGUCAUUCGGUCGUGUUGCGGGAGUCCAAAGCCUUGCUGCGUGGCACCAGCAGGGCGGCGCUAGAGCAAGCCAACGAGCGGGAGUGUGAGGCACUGAAGCGGGUGUGGGGCUCGCCCCAGGGCAUGGACUCCAUCCUGAACUACCUGCAGAAGAAGAUCGAUGGAUUCUGAGAGCCGACCAUUGCUUCCCCUCCCCACUUCUGACGAGGGGAGCGACGUCGCUUCCAGGUGGUGACCCGUGCGUCUGAAAGCCUGUCUGACCAGAGUUGACUGGGGGAAAAAUGUUUGCCUUAGGGAGUCUCGCCAGAGACUUGGACAGCAUGUGAUGCUCACCUUUGCUCCUCUCGGCAGUCUUUGCGAAGAUGUGCUACGUUGGAGCUGUUUGUUCCCCAUUGCCUGCUUGGUUGUGACUAGGAAGGGAACUAAACUUUUUACGUCUUUCAUGAUGCAGCAGCCUUUAUUUGACAACUCUAACAUGCAUAAAUAUUCAUCCUAAAGUUAGAUGGCAGAACUUGUCAUGGAAAACCGCCAUUUGAAAUUGUGUUUUAAAUUUAUUAUUAUUAUUAUUGUUGUUGUUUUUUUAAAGUCUUGCGGAUACAUUACUUCAGCAAUGACAAGACUAGCAGGAUCAUAGAUUGUACCUAAGGGUAGCUUAGGUUAACUUUAAAAUAUAUGGCUAUGUAUAUAGCAUUAAGAAUAUAUACCUAUAUAUUUAUGUCUUAUGUCUGUAUCACCAUUGCUGGGUGAAAGUGAAUUUGCAGAAAACAUGUAUGCUUCAGGUCUCUUUCAUUGCCUACUUCAGGUAAUUGUUACACCAAAUGUUUUCUAUUGUUGCUUCUGUUUGGUCAAUUUCAAAUAGAUGCAUUAAGGGAAAAUUCAAGCGGAACUCGCUGUCUGAAAGAUUUUGUGUGGUUUACCAUCUCUUUACCUGUUAACUGCAGCUAUAUUUUGUCAAACGACAAUUUUCAGAGUAAUACAUUGAUUGUAAUCAGGGGUAUUAUCCUACUUCUUGUUGUUUGAGGAAAUCCAAAUCAAUGUUCAGCAAAGCUUUCUGUGGUUUGUAAGGCCUAUCUGCUAUAUAUCAGGCCAUUAAGAAUUGAGUCAUAUGCCCAAAAUGCCAUCUUAGUGUGACUUUUUUUUUUUUUUUUGAUAUUCCUCACUAGUUAAGCACCUCAUCAGAUUGUAUAGUCCUUUUUCUGGGCUUUCAGAAUUAAGAGAACUAAAGGACAGAAAGGUAGGAAGCAAACGUGGUGGCUGAACAUGUUUGGCAUCACUUGUGGCUAGAACCAAACUAUUAUAAAUGGCGAUGUUUGAGCUUUUGAACUUUUGAUAUAUCCAGCCAGAUGCCAAAAUGUAGACAUGUGAACGCAGACUAAUCUUACAAUGAGUUUUGCCUGCAGUUGAUCUCAUUUGAUUUGGUGUAUUACCUCAGCAAAGUGAGGAAAAAUACACUAAGUUAUUUUUCGCGCAUUAUAGUGAUUUUAAAAUGGAAGUCUUUUGGUUUAAGACAUUUAUUCAAUAGUUUGACUGAAGCGUUUGCAGUCAAAAUUGAUCAAGUCUGAUGGCGGUAGAUAACAGUAUGUUCUUUGUCAUGACACACACUAUUUUACAGAGAGCUGUAAAUCAGAAGCCAGCGACAGACCAGAGUUCAUAUCUUCUUGCUUUAGAUUCUAUGCAAAAAAAAAACUCAUGAUCCGAACACAACACACAAGCAGUAAAAACCAUUUGUACUGGCUUCCACCCAGUUCUUCCUGAACUUGUCUUUCUGAAUGAUGUUUUUCUUUCAUCAGUAUGUGCCCUUAAAUACAAAAGUGUGAAAAGAAGAGAAUGAUGUGAAAUGGGGGGGGGGUGAAGAUUAUAUAUUGGGGGUCAUUUUUCUACUGUACUGCAAUGCAAAUAAUCCUGUGCUUUCAUAGCUUUUCAUUGCUAAAGAUUUCUACUUAAAUGGACAGUGAGGACCUUGCAUUCCCAGGCUGGUCCUAUCCCAUACUACAAAGAGUAGAAAACUGUAUCGUCUUUUGUGAGUAAGAAUAGCUGCAUCUAAACCACACUCAAUGAUUUCCAUCUUUACUUGAAACACUGCAGUGCUCUUUCAGCGGAAAGGAAACUUGGGGAAAGCCUUUCGUUACGUUAAGUCUGCUGUUCUCUGUUGGUGACCUAUAUCUGUUGUUCAGAACCAGUGCCUUGGGCCAUGUAGUAGAAAGGUGAGAAACCUCAAUCAUCGUCGAAGCAGGGAUUCUGAGUUUCCUCAUUCGCCUUCAUAACUUUCUGGUGUCUUGUUUGCAGAAAUGAAGCAGCCUUUGUCUAGUUAGAGGCUUUUCAUGUGCUGGAAGCAGAACUGAUUGUUGGUGAACAGAAAUAACCUUUAAACACAUUGCUAAAUGAAGAGGUUUUUUUUUUGGGGGGGGGGGGGGGUAGUGUGAUGAAAUGUACCUUAUUUUUGUACAUUGAAUACAGAUUUGACUGAGUACCCUGCUUUUCUCCCCCAAAAGAACCAUAGAGUGUGUUGGUUUUUUUUUUUUUUUUUUUUUUUUUUGAAUGCUUGGUACAGUACUUUUCAUCUCUGGGACCUAUUUUGUUGUAGUUUAUAAACUAUAUAUAAAUAAUAUAUGUAUAUUGUAUAAUAUGUAAAGUUUUUUUAUAGAUUA